AAAAGGGCCAACCACGAUUUUUUGUUCUUUGUUCAAUGACAGAACCUCGAUCUAGGCUUAAAGGAAAAUCUGGCAGGCUGACUCACAAAUCUGCGAGCGUUCGCAGAUUAUAUAGGGACCGUGCUGUUCCUCCUUGAUUUUUUCUCCAACUAUGGCCGAGCAGAUUCCCCGCACUCGGACACGAUCGAUAGACGAAAAGACCAUCGACGAGGCUCCUCAUGGGAAACCCAAGGCAGAAGAGGACAGUGGCCUGGUCAAACCGCCCACGGGCUUCGAGGGAGACUUUCCCGAUGGCGGAUUGAGAGCUUGGUUGGUUGUCGGAGGGACGAUGUGUACUACCUUUUCAACAUUCGGGUAUGUCAACGCGUGGGGGGUGUUCCAAGCAUAUUACGAAGAAACAUUGUUGAAAGACUCAGACUCUUCAAAGAUUGCAUGGAUUGGCUCCGUUCAGUACGCCCUCGUCUUCAUGCCGGGUCUAAUAACUGGACGGAUGUUCGACAUCGGUUACUUCAGACUACCGUUUCUGCUAGCAACCGUCCUCCUUGUCGUUGCAACAUUUUUGGUCGCCCAAUGCACACAAUACUGGCAUUUUCUGCUCUGCCAAGGCUUCGCCAUCGGGUUAGCAUGUGGGACGGUGUUUGGUCCGGCGAUGGGUAUUAUCGGACACUGGUUCCGACGACGACGGGGGCUCGCUCUCGGUAUAAUGGCUACUGGCUCGUCAAUCGGUGGUACCGUCAUCCCAAUAACUGCUCGUAACCUCAUAAACGCCGUAGGGUUCCCAUGGACAAUGCGGAUCAUCGCUUUCAUCUUAAUGUUUACUCUGGGUAUCGCCAACUUGACGCUGAAACGCCGACUUCCGCCUGUGAAUGUGUCUGGAGGUAUACUCAACCUGAAAGCCUUCAAGAGCGCACCGUAUACACUUUGGUGUAUUGCUAAUUUCAUCGCUUUCCUGGGACUGUAUACAGUUUUGACCUAUAUUAGCGUUAGCGCCGCAGCCUAUGGUGUAUCGUCCGAUAUCUCGUUCUAUAUGGUCUCUAUUGCUAAUGCCAGCUCGGGAAUCGGACGGAUCGUGGCAGGGAUCUUUAUCGAUCGAAUAGGUGCCGUGAAUUACUUCGGACCUAUGACAGUCAUAGCAGCCGCCCUCACGUACGCUUGGCCGUUCGCGCGGACCUUGCCUUCUAUGAUUGUUGUAGCCGUGAUAUAUGGCUUCUCUAGCGGAGCGUAUGUCUCCUCGUUCCUUACUCCCAUUUUCGAGCUAGGCGAGAUUGGUGAUCUUGGGAGGCGGACGGGAAUGGCGAUGUCGAUAGCAGCUCUCGGCGCGCUUGCAGGUCCGCCGAUCUCUGGAGCGAUCAACACAGCUACGGGUGGGUUUGAGGCCGUGGGGUAUUAUGCAGGUAGCACCAUCUUGCUCGCGGUGAUACUGAUGUAUGUUGUGCGACACCUUGUUCUUGGAACGCCUAGAGGAAAAUUCUGAACGUGGUAUGAUAUCACGACUAGACUUAGACUUACGCCCAUGUAUCACUACCUUUUCGGCCAUGAACUCAGAGAAUUGAAGCGUCCGCAAUAAGUGUCACUGUCUCCAGAUUACUCGAGGGAAUGACGGUGGUCUUUCAGAUGCUUCCUCGAAUUUUCACUCGU